AUGGCGCUUGCAAUCAAUUCGGAUACCGAGCUCUUGACUGAGCAUUUCGGAUACCCUCCAGUCGUGCUCACCAACGUGGCUUGCUUUGGGUUGCAGAGUCUCAUAGACGACAUCAUCAACAGCGUCAACAUCCUUGCCGAGCGCGCCCUCACCUCGGUCGAACAAGCGCUGUUCAGUGUACCGCCCUCCAAGUUGGGAUUCAAAGCAUCCAAGCAGAAAGCCUCCGCCGCCACCGCCGAGGAUGCGCCCGACCCGGCCGAGCGGGCCAAGAACGAGAUCGAGUCCGGCACCCACCAGCUCGAGACCCUGCUCUGCGCGAGCAUCGAUCGCAACUAUGACAAGUUCGAGAUCUGGGUGCUGCGAAACAUCUUCUGCGUCCGGCCCGACGUCCGGAACUACAUCCGCCUGGGCCACUACGAGGGUCUCGACUUCUCGUCGCCCGCGUCGCCCGCCGCCCACGCCGAGGGCGCUGACGCCUUGGUCGCCGGAGACAAGCCAACCGUCGAGUCCAUAACGCAGCUCCGCCGCAAACUGCGCGAGAGCAUGCGCCUGAACGCCCUGUUGCAUGCCGAGCAGGAGCGCAAUGCGCGGCUUCUGUCCGACCUGCGCAGCCUGCUCGGCGUCAAGGACGACAAGGUCAAGGACGAGGAGCCGCCCGCCGCCGCCGCCGCCGCACCGGGAGUCGAGGAGAGGGUCCGGGGCCCAUUCUCCUUCCUACACGAACAGGUCGUCCAGCUCAAGGACGCCGGCGCAGACACGCCGCUAAGCACCACCACCGCGUUCACGCUCUCACAGCUGCAGGCCCUGCGUGCGCUGUCUACUUCGCUACGGACCAUGUCCCCGCAUCUAGCGCCGCCUGACGGCGGUGAGGAGACUUCCGAAAACACCAGCAGCCGUAGCUGGCGGCGCGAGCGACUGGAGUACGUAGAGGGGGCCACGAGGCGGCAUCUGGAGACCGUGCAGGGCCUUGAGCUCGGCAAGGACGGUGAAGUAAGAGAUGGGGAGUGGCAGGGUGAGGGCAGGAAUCUUGGCGGUGGUGAGGUUGAGGGCUUGGAAAGGAUCGUGUCUAUUAUGGGGGGUGCGGCCCCGGUGCCAGAGACUACGGACGACAACGAAGAGGAUGAGAAAAUGGACGAGUCGUGA